AUAGGAAGACCUGAUCAAUUUCCAACUGAUGCAGAGCGGAAAAAACCCACUCCUGUGUGACGCAGCCCAGAGUGUGUUGAAUAUGGGCUACUUGCCACGGGUAGUCAAAAAAUGUCUCGACGAGCUUCUGAAACUUGAAGGCUGGCAUUCAAUGAGUGGGAAGAAGUUAAUGAAGAUAAUAAUGGAUAAGGAAGAUGUGGGAGACCUGGAUCCUGUACUGUCAGUGGUUCCCACUCAAAGACCGCCCAAACGAAAAUGUACCGAAAUGUCUGUGCCAAAACCAAAAGCUGUUCUGGAGCAGGAGAAUGCUGCACUGAAGGAGAGAACUACAUGUAAAAUAUGUCUCCUAAACAUUGUAUCUAUUGUUUUCCUGCCGUGUGGACAUCUUGUUAGCUGUGCCCAGUGUGCUCCCGCUCUCAAAGUCUGCCCUAUCUGCCGUGGGCCUAUGAAGGCCACGGUUAGGAUUUCAUUUGCUUAACCAAAACAAAUAUGAAUACACAGGGGGUUGACACGUUACUAUGACCCAUAAAUAACCCAGUCCAACCCCUAGACCUUAUCAAAAUUGAUCACAGGGUCUAACUCCUAAAUCACUUAUCGACAAUAAUAAGUGAUCCGGGGUCAGCCCUAUGGUUAGUUUUUCAUUCUGGGUCAUUGGAUCAUGUCAAGCCCCUGUGUAUAUACACAGGAACUUUGAACAUAAUUCCAACCCACAGUUGAUAUGAAAAAUGUAUGUAUAUGAUACAUGUUAUAUGAACCAUGGGUGGGGAAAUGUCCUAAUCCCUGUGUAUAAACUCUGUUGACAAUUUAUUGCUUGUUUUUUAUGUAUUAGCAAUUUUAAUGGGAUUACGGAUGCUCAAUGCAAUUUCAUCAUUUUCUGUUGUUACCUGAUUAUUUACAAAACUGUUGUUAACUGAAUAAUUUAUCAGAAAUUGAAAUGUAAAUUGCAUAUUCUAGUCAAAAUAAUGUCUCGUUCAACCUCUGCUUCAUUCGAAUCUGAACAAAAAAACUAGUAGAUCUCAUUGCAGCGGAUGGAAAAGCAGCACUCUGAUUGGUCAAGACCAAAGGUUUACGAGACUGGCGAUAAUCAGAUAAAUCACAGGUAAAAGUGUAAUAAAUGAUCUAUAUGUAUAAUAUGAUAAAACAUAUACACAGGUAACUCUGGGUAGACUAGAUUACCUGGGAAAGUGUGUAUUGUUUAUAUAUGUAUAUUUAGAUUUUUACCUAGUAUACUAUGUUGUGUAUAAGGAGUAUGUAGAUGAGGUUAGUUAUGAUGAAUAUUUGGUCCUGUCAUUCAUGAACACGGAAUUCAAAAUUGUCACCAGGUUGUCAACAUUGAUUUUGACAAUAUCCAAUGAAAGGAUUAUUAUCACUUUUUCUAAACAAAUAGAAAAUGGACAAUAGUUAUGACAUCAUGAAGUCAGUGAAAAUCCAACAAGAGGUCAACUGACUAUAGGUUAGUCAUUGGGUCAAGGGUCAAGGAAGAAUCUUUUAACUCAGACAUUUUGAUGCUAUAUUAUGGAGUUAGCUGCAGAAGUUGAGUUGCAUAUUCUGACAUUGCAGCAAAGCUGACCAAAAAUCAAGGUUAUUGGGUCAAAGGUCAAUUAGAUCCAACUUUGAGGCAUGAUAGAAGCAAUGCUGUAUUGAAAAAUGAACAAUCGGAAUAGCAUCAAUCCAAAAUACCAUAAUACCCCUCUCUACAUCAUGUUAUUGUCCACAUACAUUUGUACCCCCAAUCACAGUAUUACUCUAUGAAGUGCAUCCAGUGUAUCUUGUAUCAAGAAUCAAGAGAUAGAAAAAAAAAAAAAUAGAAAAAGAAGAAUGAAAAUAAUGCCAGUUUCUUUGAAAGUGUGUGCAAGUUUGAGCUGAUAAAUGUUCAUAAUGCUGUUUGCAGGGCGGUUACCAUAGCUUUUCCUCUUAUUGUUGAUUUAAAGAAAAUGAACAGGACACAAUUUUGCUAUUUCGUCAUGACAAAUAAAAAAUAAUCAUAUUAUUUUAAUCAUCAAGUAUUUAGUAGAAUGAUUUUAAGCAAAGUUUUGUGCUAAUCUGUGUUAUUAUCAUUUUCCUACAUAGUUUUCGGGACCUCCUGGACAUCGUUUUUGGUCCAAAUUUUUCAUGAGCAAAAUAUAUGGAUAGACGUUUUUUUCAGCAUUUUCAGCCUAAAAAAGUAAAUAACACUGGUGCGCAAAUUACACAGGUUUUUACAGUAAGCGUCCUGUGGGUGUAAAUAUCGCUAAAUGAGGCUAGCUUUUAGAUUGAUGUCCUAUAUAUUGACCUGACUACCCUUAUCCCACAUUUGAUUGCAUUACACCACAAUACACUGAUAACGUGUAUCCGACAAUGCCCUUAUCUAGGUGACAAGUUACAAUAUGCUACCGGGCAUGAUACCACACACUGUGGUCUACCGGGCGUGAUACCACACACUGUAGCUCUACCAGACGUGAUACCAUGUACCGUAGAGCUACCAGGCGUGGCACCACACACUGUAUGUCCCAGGGCGUGGUACCACACACCGUAGGUCUACCGGGCGUGAUGCCACACACCGUAGGUCUACCAGACGUGAUACCACACACCGUAGGUCUACCGGGCGUGGUACCACACCAUAGGUUUACCAGACGUGAUACCACACACCGUAGGUCUACCAGACGUGAUAUCACACACCGUAUGUCUACCGGGCGUGGUACCACACACCGCAUGUCUACCGGGCGUGGUACCACACACCGUAUGUCUACCGGGCGUGGUACCACACACCGUAUGUCUACCGGGCGUGGUACCACACACCAUAGGUUUACCAGACGUGAUACCACACACCGUAGGUCUACCGGGCGUGGUACCACACACCGCAUGUCUACCGGGCGUGGUACCACACACCCUAUGUCUACCGGGCGUGGUACCACACACCGCAUGUCUACCGGGCGUGGUACCACACACCCUAUGUCUACCGGGCGUGAUGCCACACACCAUAGGUCUACCGGGCGUGAUACCACACACCGUAGGUCUACCGGGCGUGAUACCACACACCGUAGGUCUACCGGGCGUGAUACCACACACCGUAGGUCUACCGGGCUUGAUACUUCUGUGGUAAAAUCCCUAUCUUUUUCUGGGCAUCAUACACUCUUCUCAUUUGUAAAUAAAAUUUCGGAACGCAUAAGUUUACCUGAGAUUUUAGUUGAAAAUUUUCUUUUUCUCAUUUGUAUAAAUACCUUUUAGGAAGACAGUAAGUUUAUCCAUGAUUUUAGGGGGCAAUGGUUUGUUUCUCAUUUGUAAAUACCAUUUUGGAAGACAGUUAGUUCACCCAUGAUUUGUUGGGAAAAUGUUUGUUAACAGUUUAUUUAUGUUUAUUUCUAUAAUAAUUAAUGAUCAUAAUAUGAUAAUUUUUUUUUUUAAUGUAUUUACAUAAAUCAUAAGAAAGCUAUAAAAAUAACUGACAUUAGUAUUAAACAAACGUACAUGGUAUAGUUCUGUAUUGGUGAUAAGACUAAGUUUUUACUUAAAGGUGCUAUUCAUAGCUUGUAAGGCUUUCAUAAUCCACUUAUCAUUAAAACUUACAGAGGAGGGUGAUUAUUGUACCUCAGUGAUCAGUUACUAGGCAACUUUAACUACAACUGUGCAUUGUUUGUUUAUAUAUCACAAUAUUAUUAUGAUUUAUUUACACAUUAAUUCAUAAAACUUUUUACUGAAGUUUUGUUUUCUUUAAAUUCUUACAGUUAACUGCAUCUUCAAUUGUUAUUGGCUUUAACUGUCCGCUCAGUUAUAUAUAUAAAAUUGUCUUUCAAAAUAAAAAUGCAGCAAAAAAUCGUUUAAUUAUACAUGUAUAUGAAAUUGUCUUUCAAACAUCACAAUGCAGCAGAAAAUCUGUAGAUGUUCAAAAGUUUGUUUGCAGGGUUCAGUUAAGGCUUAAAAAUAAUGUUUUAUUUUGUUGUGUGCAAUUAUUAUAAUCUGAAUUGGAAUAUCUUGAUAUCUGUACAUGUAGAGUAUUGUCAUUUUCAAUAUUAGAAAUAAAUAUAAAAUAUCGUGAGUAUUUCAUGUGAGA